AUGGAGCGGCCGGAGGUCGAAGCAGUGUCUUCCAGCACGAUAUCCUUCGUUAGCCAGGCGAAGUUGGCAUUCGAGUACUCGUUGAAGAAUCUGCUUUGGAAGCAAGCAGCAUUCUAUGCUGAGAGGCUCGUUGCCGAGCGCCCAUGUGACGAAACGACAUACCUGCUGGGAUUGGCGUACUUCCACAAUCAGGAGCUAGCCAGGGCGCAGUGGCAUUUGCAGGGAAACAAGCUUCCCGAAGCGAGGUACCUGCUUGCAAAAUGCUGCUCGCAAUUGAAGCGUUGGGACCUGGCCGAGGAGGCGCUGCUGCCUUCUGCAGGCGGAGGCAAUCUGAACGAGGUGGUCAACGGCGCUGCAGGCCUCUUCCUUCUUGGUCAGGUCCAGGAGAGACAAGGUCGACGAGAACAAGCAGUCGAGUGCUACUUCAGAUGUUUGCAAGAGUGCCCCUUCAUGUGGGAGGCAUACGAACGUUGGUCUUGGCUCGUGUUGGGAUCGCCCUCACCAUCGCGCUCGUCAACUGCUGGAGUGGCAUCAUCGACAUUCAGUGACGAGAAGCUUGCGCAGACAGCUGCUGCAGUGGGCGCCAGGGAGGCACCCGCAACAGGGAGACACGUGGAGGGCUUUGCGUCGCAGUGCGUACAAACAUGCUGUGCCAGGCCGGCGUGA